AUGCCAAAUCUGUUCGAAUCGGCAGAACGAUUAUACAGGCGGAUAUCUGGAGGUAACCAACGCUUCAGUCGAAAAGCAGACUCCCGUUCAAACGAUGGAGCAGCUCUCUCCUCUGCCAAUCCCAUUAGCGGUGCGACAUCAGGGCCAUGGAAAAAUACUUCCUCCUGUGCCAACAGCUCAUCAAAUCUUGCUACCUCCACAAAAUCCGAGUCCAAUGAUGUAGGUUGGGUACCCCAUGUCCCGCCUCGUUUGCCACAGCCCCCCGGUGAGUUGACUGAAGUUUCCAGCCCAAGCGACAGCGGAGAAGGUGAAGGGUAUAAUUCAGCGUUAGCAAACCCCGCUGGGUCCCGAAAUCAACGCCUUCGACAAAGUUUACAACGCGCUAAGGCUGCAAACUUUGAAAUGCCAACUGAUUUUCAAAAUCGGUACCCUAGUGCUGAACACCUCUAUUCACAAAAUGCUGAAGCUUUUGGUGAUGAAGAAGAAAGCAAUGACCAAGACGAGGAGGAUGAAGGUGGGACCUAUGAUGACCCGGACAGAUGCAUUGCUGAUAAAUUAGGAAGGGAAGAAGGCAAUGAAUCAGAAAAUAUGACUUGUGCUUUUGCAUCAUCGCAAGUCUUGCAGUCAAGGGCUGGAAUCCGUUGGUCAUCUGACCCACCGCAACCACUGGUAAAUAUUCUGCCAAAAAUUCGACGUGGUCUUACUCCACCAAACACGGAAUUUGUGCGUGCAAUCUGUCAACGUCCGUCUUGUCGAUGUUUGCUUCGUGGACACGAUACACUAAUGCUAUUUCCACUUUUUGAUGCAGUACUUUGCGAAUCUACAUGGGAGAAGAUUAAGGAGAGUCAAUCAUUUACUGCCUCUUCUUCCUCCCGUUCAGCUGCUUACUUUCUGUCGCGUCUUCAGCAUGUUCAUUCCUCAGGUCCUUCGUCUGAAACUCAGGCAAAUUUGAUAAUGUUUCGACAGUGUCGAGGAUGGUACGAGGUAAUGAAUGAGAACCAUGAACCUGUACCUCAUUGGACCACCACAGAGGAGGUUCGAAUGGCUAAACCUCCAACAUUCCUUGUCCGCAGAGAUUUAAAGUGUCUGCUGGCCCCGUGUGAGCUCUGGAUACCUCACCAAAUCAGCGACUUUGUUGGAUCAAAUUCAAACUCCGCUGACAAUAAUAGUAGUGCACCCCCGCCAAUUCCCAUUUCUUCAAAGAUUGUAGUCGAAGCCGCAAAUCCCAGGACGAUAGCAGCAAGUACUCCCCAUAUUCUAAAGCCAGGAAUGCUAUUAUCCUACGUAGACUAUCUUCACGACUGUACUGUGAGUCGGGGAAAGAAGUUCAGGCAGAUUUCAUUGAUUCUCGCAGUGGAGAAGCAGCGUUCUCAGCGUCAGGCGGAGACCCCUUCUGCACCCAGAAGACUCUUCUACAUUGGUACGGAAGAUGCUUCAAGUCAGGCCGUAUUUCCUACCAAAUUGGCACUGAGUCCUAUAGCAGGUCCAGAAAAUAUUUCUGGUGUGCAUACACUUUCCUCAGUCCUAAGAAAAUUUCGACUCCCGCUGUCUAUUGUUCCUGUUGCUGUUCCCGAAAGAAAACUUCCUUUGAUAGGCAGCAAUAUAAGUAGUUUGAGCAAUGAAUCGGGCUCGACCAAUUAUGCCACAGCGCAGUCCUCAAAACCCGUGAAUAUCUUUCCAACAGUACCCGGAAUUGUCUUUACUGAACGCAGUUUUAUUCGUCUCCGGGGAUUGCUGCGUGGAGACAUUAUGAUUGUAGCACCGGUGGACGCCCCAGACCGAUUUUUCCUAAUCACCCCAACCCUGCUUCAAGAUCACCUCUUCCAAAUUGGAUUCACAGAAGACGACAGGUAUCAACGACUCGCCAUUGGACAUAAAAACCGAACUAUCAACUUUAUCUCAAUGGCACAUCCACGUGAGUCCCUUGAAUAUCUUCUCGUCUACCUCAAAAAUAUCACAAAUCGUCCACGAGUCAUAUCGUCAGGAGGCAAAAAUGAGAGUGAUGGACGAGAACUGUGGGAUCGGUUUAAGGCUGGAGUGUUGCAGACAUGCCAGAUUACUCCAGCAAUGGCAAAAGCGAUGUACGCCGAGAGUGGAAGGGAUCCCAGAACUGGACCUAAUUGUGAUUUAACUCCAGAGGAACUGGAACUCAUGUACGAUGAGAUGGAUGAUCUGUACUUUUUCACCCGAAAUGGUUAUUUUCCGCCAAAGUCACGACAAAGACGGUUAAGAUCAACUUCGGGAGUCCAACAACAGCCACAACUACAGCAACAAUUGUCGAUGACAUCAUCGAAAACAACCGCCAGUGGAAUGCCAGCAGAAGCUCUGAAAAAUUCAGCUAUUCCAAGUGCCGAGCAAUUGUUGGCUGCUAGUCUCAACAUCUCAACGUAUAAAUAA